GAGGGAGGAGGGAGGAGGGAACAGGGGGCUGAGCUGAUCCCACGUGUGACGCUGUCGUUCCCGGCUCAGUAAUAUUCUCAUAGCGGGGCUUUGCAUAUCUCCUGCCUGGCACUGUGUCUCUCACUCUCACGGUAGUCCCAGCCGAUAGUUUUUUUGGAAUAGCUAUGGAAGGAGACGGGAGUCAAACCACAUCCGGAAGCCUAAAUGACUCACACCAUGACCCCGGUAAAAUGUUUAUCGGUGGUCUCAGCUGGCAAACCUCUCCAGACAGCCUUCGAGACUAUUUUAGCAAAUUUGGAGAGAUACGAGAAUGUAUGGUGAUGAGAGACCCCACGACGAAACGCUCAAGAGGAUUUGGAUUUGUUACAUUUACAGAUGCUGCCAGCGUAGAUAAAGUCUUAGCUCAACAACACCACGAAUUAGACUCAAAGACGAUUGAUCCUAAGGUUGCCUUUCCACGUCGCGCCCAGCCUAAGAUGGUCACAAGAACAAAGAAAAUAUUUGUUGGUGGCCUUUCAGCCAAUACAGUAGUGGAAGAUGUGAAGCAGUAUUUUGAACAGUUUGGGAAGGAAGCCAGAAGUGGAGGAGGAAAAAGAACAAGAAAGAGAAGAAAUAGCAAAAGACCGUGUCAUGAACUUACCCUCCAGUUUCUGAGAAGGACAAAGAUGAAGAAACCAUAGCCCAGUCUGUAUUCACCACAUCAACGCCGUUUGAGUACAUACCAAUUACCAGUGCUAAAUUCAACAGAAGUUUUGAAGUAUCUUCAAAUAGAAAAAGUAUGUUCACAUUUUACUUUUUAAGAAACUAAAGUUAUUUUCAGUGUGAAUUGUAAAUAUUGUAUGAGUAAUAUUUGCACAUUUUAUAUUAUAUUUUUUUAUACAUAUUUAUAUUUAUUCAUAUUACUCUGGCUUUUGUAUUAUUGUUAAUUACACAUUUGAUAGAAUGUACACAUAUUGAUAUACAUAUGUAAUCAUUUUUAUGUAAAACAAUCCUGUUUUAAUAAAAAUAAUUUAAGACUGAAAAAAAUGAGUGUGAGAUGUUCUUCAAUUUUGGGCUGUGGGAGAAGGCGGGGUUAAGGGCAAAGGGUGCCCCAGGUAC